AUGAACAAGAAUGAGCAAGAAAUAUGUACAGAGGAAUAUGACAGCGAAAUCUACACGAAUAUCCACCAGUACUUAGGCAAGUUUCAGAUCCCUGGCUCUGAAAGGCUAGGGGACGAUCUAUCGUGUGAGAAGGCAUCCAAGAGCUCUUCGCUAUCGGCCUCAAUAACGGUAUUCCGAAAAAAGAGCUUAGACGAAUUAUACAUAGAUCCGAAGGAAAGGGACCCCAGGGUCUUAUCGCCUAAAAACAUUUACGAGCAUAACCUUGAAGUGCCAGAGUUAGACACUUUGGAUUCUUCUAAGUCUAAAAAUAGUUGCAGUAGGUGCAGAAAACUAAAGCGUAGAUGUAGCAGAGAAUUACCAGAGUGCCAGGGAUGCCUGAGUUCCGACAAACUCUGCGUUUAUAUACCCAGAAGAAGCUCCAAGAGCUCUAUCGGUGCUACUAGUAGGAGGGAUAGUGUUUGUUCUACGUCAUCCACGUCCACUGCACCUUCUUCUAAGAGAAGGAGGACCAGCUCUGUGCUCUCCGUACUCUUCGAGGGAAGAAGCAGACAAAAUUCAAGCGAGUUGCCCAAGGUCAAGUCGUUUUCGGACUUGAACAUCGCCAGAAAGAAUUCUCUUCAUCACCUGUACCUGUAUCAACAAUCCCACUCAAGUCCGCUGUCGUUAGCAUCCACUCCACCCUCUAGUCAGUACUCGUGUGCUCCGAUGGUGCGGCUACCGCCCAUCGAGUUCAUAUUGAACAGUUUGCCUAAUAAGAAGGACUGGGAGAGCUCCCAACCACAUACGCUAAUGAAGCCUGUACAGAAAGAGUAA